UCAAUGAUCAUAGACGUAAACAAAGGAAAAAGUGAACGGUUGCCAGUCAACUCAGUUAAAGACAACAGAGUCAAACUGGCAGGCCAGGAAAAAGAGGUCCAGCAUGGGGACUGGCCCCAGGAGAUUCAGGUGAAUGGAGACACUGAGGAGAAUCACUUGGACUCCCCGACCAAUGGCAAAAUGGUACGGGCUGAGCUGGAAUGGGUGGUACCCAUGUGUGUCCCCCUACCUAUUGAAGUUCUCAACCCUGACCAGGCUUUUCCCUUCCUGAAUGCCACACUCGCUGACCUGGGAAUCGAAGAAUCGGCAGUUAAGGAGCGUGUAGUUUGGGUAGACUCCAAGCGCACGCAGGUGAAGGGGAAGUCUGGGAAGCUGAAGGAGAAAGAGGUGACAGUUCUGGAGGUGCGUGUGAAAGCGCAGCACCCUGGAGAGCGUCAGAGUCAGGAGGUGCUCUACAGCACAGAGUCUCACACUGAUCGCUCCUUCUGCAGAAGCGGAGUGGACAUCCUGCCGUGGAGACAUACACAGCCAGCUGAAAAUGAACUCCAGCCUGUGGAAAUGAUUCUAGCUUUGGACACAGUGUCAGAGUCCACGUCCAAAUGGCAGAAGACAGAAGAGAAACGAGACGUGACUGGAGAAAUCUAGGUUAAUGCUAGGCUAAUGCCUCACAUGACAGAUAUAUUGCAAUUUUAGGUUUUGGAUGUAUUAAACUGGUACUUCAUACUAAGUAUAGCAACUACUGGAGCAUUUCCGAAAUGCUGUGCUGUAAUAAGAAUAUUGAUUUUUUGACAUUGCUUUGUGUGGCAGAUAUCUGAAGAUGCAUAUCUCUCGCCCUAUUUUUGUAUUUUAUAAUAACAGUCAUUUAAUCUGGGAUAUCUUCCACUACACAUACUGUAAUAUCUAUACAUUUGAAUCUAUAUUAUGCUGAUAUUAAGAGACUGUGUUGUUAAAACAGACAGUAAAAGUUGUAUAAACCCACAUCCAAACAUAUCCUUUAUAAUGCCUGCAAUCUAAAAGCUCUGCACUUAUAAAUUGCAUGUUUCCAAUAAAAAAAAUCUAAAGCUUUUUCAGAAA